AUGGGUGAUGCAAAGAUGAAAUGUGCUGCGAAGACAAAAUCCUUGGAGCUAGGAAGAAGACUUUUGGUGCUGUUGGGAGUAUUGGGCAAGAAGGUGCAAGGGUGGGGUUCACAUAAACGGGCGUUCAUUUGGACAUUUAAGGAGAAUGCCAACGAGAACGAUGCCUUUGAAGUCCGCUUAGUCAGACUGGAUUGGAAUUUGGCUCCUCAACGCGUUGGGUACACGCGUUUCCCGUUCUUCGUCAAUAGCGGGUGGUCGAUGGGUUGCCACGUCCCGGAUUCAAGCGAAGUGGGGUCCAUUACCCUCAGCAACCUCGCAAUUCAUCCUCCCGCAAUUCAUCAUGGGGUCCUGUCAGACGACGAUCUACGAUGGGUGGAAGGGCCCACAGAACAAGACCAUGGAAAAUGGAAGCAGUAA